AAAGAAGAAUUUGCCGUGUAAAUGUCGGUUAAUUUAUGGCGAACGUUGUGCGCUUUGAUAAAAGCAGUUGAAAAUCGGCAAAACCUCGAGUGCACGAGAACACGUAGAAAAGUUCCACGAUGAGGACAAAUAAGUACUUGUUCGUUCUUUUGGUGGUUAUUACGAAUUCAAAUUCCAUACGGUGUGCUGAGGACAGCGUUUCUAUUGACGAGUCGAAAACAAUAGUCUGGGGCCCAGGAUUGGACCCCGAAAAUAUCAUUUUGAGGGCGAGAUACAUAUUUCUACAGCUCGUCGAUGAACAAGGAAAAAACGUUACAAAGUCUCCUGGGAAAAGUCUGGUCACAGCUCGGAUAACUGGAACCACCGAGCAGGGUGAUCCUUGUCCCAUUUGGACCCAAAUUUUCGACUGCAAAGAUGGUUCUUUUAUCGUCAGAUACAAAAUUUUCAACACUUGUUUUAAUUUUCGUAUUUUGUUACUGGUUAAAAACCGAGUUUUAUCUUUGAAACGAAACGAUUUCAAAGGGCCAAUACAUGAGGAAGAAUGCUACUGUCCGAAUCCUUUAGUGCACAUAUGGCUUGAAAAUAACGAAUGUCUUCCGAGUCACCGACAAAUUUCGAGGGAUCUUGCAACGUUUCCUAGCGUAGAUUUUGAUGAUUUGAGGAAUAAAAUUGUUGACAAAUUUAACAAACCGAAUAGUAUAAGUGUUUGCCACUACGUUAUCAAAGAUAACAAGAUUUAUAGAAAAUGUUACGGACAGCACGUCGGUUUUAAAAUAUUUACAGACACAAUUUUACUUUCUCUAACGAGAAAAACAGUUUUACCAGAUGUUGAAUUUUUCAUGAAUUUAGGAGAUUGGCCUCUAGUUUCCGAGAAAAAGGAUAUCCUUCCCAUAUUCUCGUGGUGUGGCUCUGAAGGCUUCAAAGAUAUUGUUCUACCAACUUGGGAUUUGACCGAGUCAUCCAUUGAAGCCAUGGGCAGAGUCAUGCUUGAUAUGGUAUCUGUACAAGGUAAUACAAAUUCAUCGUGGAAUGAAAAAAUCCCGAAAAUGUUCUGGAGAGGCAGAGACUCCAGAAGAGAACGCCUUGAUUUAAUAGACAUUGCGAGAAAUAAUCCAGAUCUUUUCAAUGCAUCAAUCACAAACUUUUUCUUUUUUCGAAAUGAAAUGGCAAAAUAUGGCCCAGGUGAAAAGCAUACGUCAUUUUUCGAUUUUUUCGAGUAUAAAUAUCAGUUAAACAUCGAUGGAACGGUAGCAGCGUACAGAUUUCCUUAUUUACUGGCUGGCGAUUGUUUAGUCUUUAAACAAAACUCAAAGUAUUACGAAUUCUUCUAUGAAGAUGUCGAACCGUUCAAGCAUUACGUUCCUGUGAAAAGCGAUUUGUCAGAUCUCGUGGAGAAAAUUAAGUGGGCCAUGGAAAAUGACGCUGAAGCUUUUAAAAUCACCAAAGAAGCUAGAUUAUUUGCCAGGAAUAAUUUGAUGCCGCAAAAUGUAUUUUGUUACUACGUUGCUUUGUUAUACGAGUGGAGUAAGAGAUUGAAAAGUACCGUCCAAGUUUUACCUGAAAUGGAACAAGUUUUUCAACCAGAGCACAAGUGCAAAUGUAUAACUAAUGAAAAAGGAAAUAAAGAUGAACUUUAA